UCCGCUCCUCUCCGCCCCGCAACCUCCCCAAACCCCCCCAACCCCGCGCCCGCGCGUCGCACGGAAACCCUAAGCCUGCCCUGUCCGAUCGCCGUGUCACCACCGAUGGCGGGGCCUCCCCGCCCAGCGCCCGCCGCUCAGCCCGUCCGCCGCUCCGCCCGCCUCGGCCCACAGGCGCCCCACCAGCCCCCCUGCUCUCCCCCGCCACCGUCCCCGCCGGCCGCGGCGGGGUCCCCAGGAGGAACGGACCCCCGACGGUCGGUGCGCAUCAGCGUCCGGACCCGCGUCCGUGGCCUCCCCUCGGCGGCGCCGUCGUCCUCGCGGAUACGGCGCAAGUCCCCCGCGGCGCCUCUGCGGCGGACAGUACAGGCAUGCGCGGAGGAGUGGGGGGCAGCGAAGGCCGCGUCAGGCGCCCCGGCGGAGGAGUGCGUCCUCCCUUUCCUCCCGAAAGGCGCGCCGAGGAAGGUUGAGUGCCUGAUUUGCUCGAGGAGUAUCCUGCCCGAUGAAAGGACGCGAUGUUCAGGUCAUCACUGUGAAGUAACCUUGCACAAGGUUUGUUCUGAAAAAAGUGAUGGAAGCUGCCCUCGACAUAUAUGUUUUCACUGCAAAAGGAGAACAACUUGGCACCGGUUGAAACAUGUAAUGCCUGCAUGUGCACAGUGUUCGCUGCAUCAAAACAGAAUGGCUGAAUCUGUUGAUCCUUCAAAGCUAAUGAAAAGUUGGAGUAUUUGGCCAUCAACGAUUGAGGGUGCAGGUCCAGCAUAUGACAUUGAGGAAGCCUUCCGGCGAUUACCUCUCCCGUAUGCUGAUCAAGAGUUCAAUAUUGACCCUAUUAAGGAGGAGUUGGAAAGUGUGACAAAACCACCUCCAUAUGUACAUUUGAAGCAUAAUGUAUAUUUCGUCAAGAAGAAAUGUGAUGGUGAUGCCAUUGAAGCUAAAUGCAGUGAUUGUGACCCUCCUCUGACCUGUCAAAUAAGAUGCUCGUGCAGGUCUGUGUCCAUUAGCUGCUCUCAGGCUUGCAAGUGCUCAAAUAAGUGCACUAACAGACCAUUUCGCAGAGAGAAAAGGAUCGGGGUUGUUAAGACACAACAUUGUGGAUGGGGUGCCAUAGCAUUGGAAACCAUCGAGGAAGGUGAUUUUGUGAUAGAGUUUGUUGGAGAAGUUAUAGAUGGCGCGAGAUGUGAAGAAAGGCUUCAAGACAUGAGACAGCGCCGAGAUAAAAAUUUCUACAUGUGUAAAGUCAACAACAACUUUAUAAUAGAUGCAACAUUCAGAGGAAAUGAUUGCCGCUUUUUUAACCACAGCUGCAGACCUAACUGUCAGUUGGAAAAUUGGCAAGUUAGUGGCAAGACAAGGCUAGGUGUGUUUUCUUUACAGGGUAUACGAGUGGGUGAGCCCUUGACCUACAAUUACAGCUUCGAACAACAUUUUGGUCCACAGACAGAAUGUUUCUGUGGUGCUGAAAACUGCCGAGGGAAGCUGUGAUAGGUAAAAGACUGACCAAAGGUGGGGGUACAUAUAACAGCUCUGACCGAGGGAAGCUGUGGCUCAAUGCAAAAGUACAGAGCAGGAAAUGGAAUCUAUAGUGAAGAUUGAUGCCCAGAGCAGCAUGUUACAUACUCAUCUUCCAAGUGUGCAGGUUUUACUCUGUAAAAAGUGUUUAGCUAGUUCUUUCAACAGAUGCCGAGAGCAAGCUGUUUAGCUAGCUAGUUCCUUUUAUCUUAAAUAUUAGUUCAGUUUAGUCGUUCUGGAUUGCGAUGCUGAACCUCUGCUUUCCUCCGUGGGAUCCAUCAGAAAUCUACAUGCAGCAUGUGAUUCAUGCAUUAUCUUUCAA